AUGCAAGAGUUAUUACAAGCAUACGGUAUUGAACAACAUAUGAUGGCAUAUUUCAAUCGGGAAGAACCGAACAGAUUAUACGUGACUGCUUAUGGACAAUUGCAUUUCAUUGAUUUAUCCAUGAUUAAUGUAAUGAAUGGUGCUAUUGUACAGUGUGGAGUUGAAAUGUUACCUGUUGUUGAAAUAGAAGGCAAUACAGGAAAUGGAGUACAGAAUUUAGCUCUAAAAGCUUGUGAACUAGUUCGAAAUGAUCCAACUGUUCGGAGUGAUUUGGAAAAUGAAUUGAAUAAAGUGAUUCAACGAGUCUUAUCAAAACUUGCUGAGAAACGUAGCAAAAAUGAUGUUACCUUAGCGACUGAGUCAUUAAAGUGUACGAGCACUUCUAACUGGCAAAUGUUAACUGAUUCUGAACGUGAAGCAUUGCAGAGAGAGCGGCGUAAAAAGAAUGCAUACAAAACAUCACUUUGUAGAUCAUUUCGAGAAAAUAACAUAUGUCCAUAUGGUGAAGAGUGCGUUUUUGCUCAUGGAGAAAAAGAGCUUCGUCUUCCACCACAGGCUCAUCCAAAGUACAAGACUCAAUUAUGCAACAAAUUCUCAAUAUGGAAUUAUUGUCCAUAUGGUGCCCGAUGCCAAUAUAUACAUCAACGUAUAAAUGAAAUAUCAAGAAUGGAUGCAAAUUUAAAUGCUAAAGAAAAUUCAGAAGACAAUCUUGAGAAGAAUUUUUUACCUGUAACUUUACAGCAUCCUUCUAAGCGCCUCAUUCUAAGACGAGCCAAUAAAAGCACUGAAUGCAUCAGUUCACCGAUUGCACUUGGAAAUCAUUCAUCGUUUGUUGAGCGUGGAGGAUUUACCUCCUCUCUAACAAGUACCGAUUUUAACUGUGAUGAAAACCGAAAACAAUCUCUGGAGUCAUCCGAUUUAUUUGAUCCAGAUUAUCCUAACUACGACAAUAACGAAUUUCAUCUUAAUACAGAAGCAGUUACAAAUAAUAUUAUUCUAAAUCAACUUCAUGAACAUUUUAAUAACAUGAAGAUCGAGGAUAACAACAAUUUAUUUUCACGAUCUUGUUUCUCGCGAAUUGGAUCAGGUCAAGUUGAAUAA